GGACAGAGUAAGAAAGACCGCCACUGGCGGCCGAGGAGAUCCUCGCCAUCCAGCAGGGCAGCACGUACUGCCGGUUCCACAAGAACUCGUCGCACAACACCGACGAUUGCAUCACAUUGAAGAAGGCCAUCGAGCGCUUUAUUCGCCAGGGGGAACUCUCCCAGUUUGUCAAAGGUGGCCCACGUAAGAACACUUGGGUAAACACCGGCAAACAUGGGGGCGAACCCUCUGCGAAGAAGCGGGAGAUUGGUAGACUCAGCGACGACGAGGACUUCGAAGAGCCUCCGCCGAAGAAGAAUCACAUCCACCUCAUCGUAGGUGGAAACACUGGGGGGGACUCCGCCACUCAGAGAAAGAAAUGGGCCCAAUCCCUUUACAUUGGGGAGGUGUCCCACGUUCCCCCCCAGCCGAAGAAGCAGCGAACGGAGGCGAUCACCUUCACCGACAAGGAUCUGCCUCCGGAUACGGAAUCACACAGGGACGCCCUCGUCAUCCGAUGUGAGAUCGGUGACUCCAUCAUCCACCGUACUUACAUCGAUACGGGGAGCUCCGUCAACGUGAUGUACCUGGCCACCUUCAAGCAGCUGAAGCUGGACAGAGCUCUGCUGAAGCCGAUCAAGACCCCGUUAUCCGGCUUCACCGGGGACUCUAUCGACGCCGAGGGCACGAUAGUCCUCCCCGUGGAAGUCGGUGACGGCCCCCACCAUGCCAAAAUUGACAUGGAGUUCAUGGUGGUCAACCUCCAGUGCACCCACAACCUGAUCUUGGGCUGGCCAGCGCUGGAGGACUUGGAGGCCAUCAUCUCCAUGAAGCACCUAUGCUUGAAGUUCUCCACCAAUGACGGCAUCGGCUACGCCAGAGGAAAUCAGAGGAUAGCCAGAGCUUGCUACCUCAAGCUAACGAGGCCGGCCGAAAGGGAAGGACAGCGGAUAGACACCAUUACGGCCGCCGUCGCCAUGGACGAGGAGAGGCCACAUGCGGAGCCGGCCGAGGAGGUCGAGGAAAUCCCUCUGGAUAACUCCCGGCCGGAGCGGGUUCUCAGGGUCGGAAAGCAACUCCCCCAGGACCAACGAGACGCCAUCCUCCUCGUCCUACGGUCAUACGCCGUUGUCUUCGCGUGGGGCCCGGACGAUAUGCCAGGCAUCAGCCGCCAGGUGAUCACUCACCGGCUGACCGUCGAUCCGGCCUCCGCGCCGGUCAAACAGAAGCGGCGCUACUUGUCCGCCGACAGGCGGGACUUCGUCAAAGGGGAGGUCGCCAUGCUCCUCUCAAUCAAACACAUCAAAGAGGUGAAGUACCCAACAUGGUUGGCCAACGUCGUCCUCGCACAAAAACCGCCGACGUUCAGAAUGUGUGUUGACUACACUGACCUGAACAAGGCGUGCC